AUGCGGGGGUUCGACACGCACAAUGCCUUGGAGGAGGUGCUCGAGGAGAAGUUUGCCGAGCUCAACGCCGCCCUGGAGGACUUCGUGGCCGAGCUGCGGGGGCAGGGCGUCUUCGACUCGGUGGUGCUGGUGACCAGCUCGGACUUCGGGCGCACGCUAUCCUCGAACGGUCGGGGCAGCGACCACGGCUGGGCAGGGAACCACCUCGUUCUCGGCGGCAGUGUCAACGGCGGCCACAUCUUCAAUCGAUUCGAUAGGGGGGUCGGCGGAUUCCCCGAGUCUCUGUUGGAUGGCAACAGCAUGGACGUGGGGCGCGGAAGGAUGAUCCCACAGUACCCGUGGGAGAGCGUGAUGGUGCCGAUCGCGCAGUGGCUCUGCGGGGAGUCGUCGUCGCGGGCCAGCGUUGGUUGGUUGAACUCCGUCUUCCCGAACCUCGCCAACUUCAACACCUCCGAGCACAUCAUACACGCUGAAACUCUCUUCGCAGGCUUCGAGCUCGUCACGCCGAGCCCCACGCCGUCGGGCCCGUCACCGAGCCCCACGCCGAGCCCCUCACCGAUCCCCUCACCGAGCCCCACGCCGAGCCCCACGCCGACCCCACGCCGAGCCCCACGCCGAGCCCCACCCCCGACCCUGCACCGAGCCCCACAUUGA